AUGGGUGCAAAAGUCUCGACGACCCAAAAGAGGCUUGUUAGAAAAGUUCAGGGGGUUUUAGUUGUGGGGGGUUUUGAUAAUGUUCACAAAAAGGAUAUUAAAAUGUUGGUUGCUUGGCUCCUCUCCCAAUUCCCUACCACAGACCCCGAGCAGAUUCUUAACCAUACGUUCUGGUCCCAUGUCGUUUUAAAAGCUAACAGUAUGUGCCGCUCGGGGGACUCUAAGAUGUUAAAAAUCGCGUAUCUAAGCUCAACUAUUCGGGACCUUUUACGAUCUAAGAGGCAAUUGGGAGAGCAGCCAACCUCACCUGAGUUCGUCCCCAGUUCGGUUGCGUGUUCUUCCCCUACCCCUUUUCCCUCUACCUCUACCCCAAGAUCUGGGAUCCUGAAGAGAGCAGCCCGCGAUGGCAGCACGCAGGAAUUAUACCAUCCUCCUGGCUCUCUUCAGGGUGUCCCUUCCCCCCGCCCGAGGAGUCCUGGCCAGACUCUUCGGGAUUCUCCCUGUCCCCCCUUUUCCCCAGUUAAGUGUUUAAAAAGUUCGAAAUCUGUUCGUUUUUAUCCUCCUCCUUCCCCUACCCCUUCGGGAGAUUCACCAUCACAAGAUGGCGCGGAUGAAUCCCAAAAUGGCGGAGACCUCAUGGGUUUUCCCGCCGAAACGCCUCCUUCUUCCCGAAAUCCCUUUCGUUCCCCGCGAAACCCUUUCCGUUUCCCUGACCCCUCCUCUUCCUCAGUUCCCUCCGCUCCGCCCUUGCCUCCGCCCCUCCCUCUGCGCGGUGCUCCGCCCCCAGCUCCACCUUUCGAAGCCUCCGCCUCUGAGGCGGGGACAACGCCAUCGGUCCCCGCCCCCGUCACCGGCUCCUCCCCUUCCGCCCCGGGCCCUGGUUCCCACGCUCCCUCUUCCGGUUCCCACGCUCCAUCGGGUGCUGGGGGGGGGGCUGGGGCCUGGAACCAGGGGCCGCUGCUUAACCUUUCCGCGGCUCCGGUUUCUUAUAUCCCGGGGAGGGAAGGGAGGACCCAGGCCCAGUGGAUCCCCUUUUCAAAUCAAACUAUCAAAGAGUUGUGUAAGGCCCAGAAGGAUUACUCCAGGGAAAGUGAGUUUUUCCGGGGAAUCCUGAGGGCCACACUAACAGAUGCCAUCGUCAUUCCUGCCGAUCUCCGGCGGAUCUUUUCGUGCUUGCUUAGCCCCUCAGAGUUCCGUCUCUGGGAGGCAAAUUGGAAACGAGAGAUAGGCAAGAUUUUGCCUCAAUUAUGGCAAGAUGCAAGCUCCGCCAGGGACACGGAGGGAGGAAUGAUUUCUACAGACCAUCUUUGUGGCAUUGGGGACUGGGCAGACGGGAACUACCAGGCUUGGUAUAUCCCUGCAGAGGCACUUAAGGCAACAACAUCUGCAGCAUUGAAAGCGUUCACUGCCCUUAGACCUCCUACUGCUCCCCUCAUUUCAUAUACUAAAAUCAUACAAGAAGAUAACGAACCGUUUCUUCUUUUUACUGAGCGGUUAAGGAAAGCAGUAGAGAUGCAGGUGCGGGAUGAGGCGACCCGGGAGGAAAUCCUGACAGAGAUGGCAGCCACCAAUGCAAAUCCUGCGUGCAAGGCUGCCAUCCUCAGCCUCCCCUUUGACCCUCCUCCGGACCUGACCCUAAUGCUGCAAGUUUGCGAAAGGAAGGUGUCUGUCUUCCCCGAAAGUACUCCCAGAGGACAGCGCCCAACUCAGCGGAGAGUCGCCGCAGCAGAAUCUACCACGGCGGAGGACAGUAAUCCAGCACCGCAUCGGACGCCCCGUCCCAUCCGAAGACCACCUCCCGGCGCCGAUGCUCCAUCAGCACUCAAAAAACUAACUCAAGAGCGCGAGGCCUCCCCGCGCAAAGAUAAAAGUAGGGCGGAGAACUUUCCAUCUCGCGGGGGGGGAGGAGGAGGGGAACAGCCGGAGGCGGUUCCCCAGGUUAAUCCGCCUACGUUGUCAAAUCCACAGGACUCGACUACUUCAUAUCCAAUACUGACUACCACUUCUAAUAUCUCUCCGUACAGGCUCCAGCUCAUCGAGCCCUUACACCUGACAGACACCAGUUUCCGGGAAGUCUCCGUCUCGCCAGACGCACAAGGUACUUGGUGGCGGGUCAAAUGUAAGUAUGUCGUUGUCGGAGACACGAAAUACACCCCACCACACAUCAACAUCUUGCCAGGGGUGGUGUCCACACAUAUACACCUAUUCUCUGUCGUCCUGCAUUGCACACAGCCACCCAUCUUUCUGCCCAAGGGCCAGGUGAUUGCGCAAGCGAUCCCUGUCCCAGAAAUCUGUCAUUCCACCACUGACACAGAGGUAACACCUACCGUGGCUUGGUCUCAAUUUGUCACCGGGGACAAGCCACGGCUCACCUGCCACAUACAGAAGGAUGGGGAGGCCACCACAUUACAUGGACUCUUGGACACCGGGGCAGAUGUGACGAUCAUUCCCGCAAGGGAAUGGCCGGCACAUUGGGAGCUGCAAAACGUGGCUGGAAAAAUCCAGGGUGUCGGGGGGGUCCAAUUGGCGAAGCAAUCUCGGAGUUUCGUUCAAAUUAUGGGGCCAGACGGGCAAUUGGCCUCUGUUCGCCCGUUUGUUUUAAAUUAUUCGGAACCCCUGUGGGGAAGAGACCUCCUUGCCCAAUGGGGAGCCAAAAUUGACCUACCAUCGGCUCCUCCGGUUUUUCGGGCAGCGGUCACUGAGGGGCGCCCUACCCAGAAACUUAAUUGGAAAUCAGAUGUCCCUGUCUGGGUAGAGCAGUGGCCGCUUUCUAAACAAAAACUUAAGGCGCUCCAGGAGCUCGUGGAUGAGCAGUUACAGAAGGGUCAUCUGGUGGAGUCCACGUCACCGUGGAACUCCCCAGUCUUUGUCAUCAAAAAACCCAAUAAAAACAAGUGGCGGCUCCUCCACGACCUCCGCAAAAUUAAUGACAUCAUUGAAGAUAUGGGGUCUCUUCAACCAGGGAUGCCGUCCCCGGCGAUGCUCCCUCAAAACCAUCAAUUGGCUGUCAUCGAUAUAAAAGAUUGCUUUUUCCAAAUUCCCCUCCAUCCGGAUGAUGCCCCACGUUUCGCCUUCUCGGUUCCCACCAUCAACCGAGAAGCCCCAAGGAGGAGGUAUCAUUGGACAGUAUUACCACAAGGCAUGAAGAACUCGCCGGUAAUCUGCCAAUGGUACGUGUCCUCCUUGCUGUCCCCGGUACGUGCUGCAAUGCCGGAAGUCACAAUCCAACAUUACAUGGACGACAUCUUAGUUUGCGCUCCGACAGACGACAUGCUUACACAUGCGCUUGACCUGACAAUCAAUUCAUUGAUUGCUGCAGGGUUCGAGCUGCAACAGGACAAGAUUCAGCGGAUGCCGCCCUGGAAGUACCUGGGCCUAGAAAUUGGCCGCCGUACUAUUGUACCUCAAAAAAUAUCAAUUCGGCCAAACAUUCGGACACUCGCUGAUGUCCAGCAACUGUGUGGGGCUUUAAAUUGGGUGAGACCUUGGCUGGGUGUUUCCACCGAGGACCUGGCCCCCCUUUUCAAUUUAUUGAAAGGGGGAGAGGAGCUUAGUUCUCCGAGGUCUCUCACCCCAGAGGCACAGGCAGCAUUAGAAAAGAUCCAGACGUCCAUUUCCAGUCGGCAGGCUCAUCGAUACCGUCCCGAGCUGCCAUUCAAAUUUAUCAUCCUGGGAAGAUUGCCACACCUCCACGGGGUGAUUUUUCAAUGGGACUCUAACAUCAAACGGGACCAAGGGGCGAAGGAUCCACUCUUGAUCAUAGAGUGGGUUUUCCUAAGCCACCACAGGUCCAAAAGAAUGACCAAGCCACAGGAGCUGGUGGCAGAACUCAUCCGCAAAGCACGCCUGCGGAUCCGGGAGUUAGCAGGUGUGGAUUUUGACUGCAUUCACGUUCCGAUCCAACUGAGCUCAGGUAAUUUUACUAAAGCAAUGUUAGAACACCUUCUGCAGGAAAAUGAAGCAUUACAGUUUGCACUCGACAGCUUCUCCGGCCAAAUUUCUAUCCACAAACCAUCACACAAAUUCUUUAAUUCGGACAUUCAAUUCCAUCUUUCGAUAAAAUCCAUUCAGAGUCGAACUCCCCUCGAAGCCCUGACAGUUUUCACGGACGCGUCCGGAGCAUCCCACAAGUCAGUAAUGACUUGGAAGGAUCCUCAGACUCAGCAGUGGGAGGCUGAUGUUAAAGUAGUUCUGGGGUCUCCCCAGAUCGCUGAGUUGGACGCUGUCGUCCGGGCUUUUGAGAAGUUCGCUGAGCCUUUUAAUUUGGUAACUGAUUCGGCUUAUGUAGCCGGAGUUGUUUCUCGAGCUGAGGGUGCAAUCUUGCAGGAGGUCUCCAACAAUGCCUUGUUUCUUUUGCUCUCGAAAUUAAUUCGACUAGUCUCCCACCGAGAGCAACCAUACUACGUGAUGCAUGUCAGGUCCCACACCGAGCUACCGGGGUUCAUCAUGGAGGGAAACAGGAGAGCUGAUGCUCUUGCUGCUCCUGCCCAGGUGGCCCCCCUCCCGCGCGUGUUCGAGCAAGCCAAGCUCAGCCACCAGCUCUUCCAUCAGAAUGCUCCUGGCCUUGUUAGACAGUUUAAGAUCUCUCGGGAACAGGCCAGAGCCAUUGUGGCAACAUGUCCCCAGUGCCAAGCCUUCCAACUUCCAUCCAUUCCAUCAGGCACCAACCCCCGAGGUCUAUCAAGUUGUGAGGUGUGGCAGAUGGAUGUCACUCAUGUCCCGGAAUUCGGACGUCUUUCUUACGUACAUGUGUCUAUCGACACCUUUUCUAAUGCAGUCUAUGCCUCUGCCCACGCAGGGGAGAAGGCCAAUGACGUUAAAAAACAUCUAUUGCUGGCCUUCUCUGUGUUGGGCAUCCCAAAGUGCAUAAAAACAGACAAUGGCCCGGCGUACAAGUCCAGGGAGUUGCGAAGCUUCCUGCAGCAAUGGGGAAUAGAGCAUAAGACCGGCAUCCCCUAUUCCCCGACAGGCCAAGCCAUGGUGGAGAGAGCCCAUCAGAGCCUGAAAAACACCCUACACCAUCAGCAUUCGGCAAUGAAGAUGGACUCCCCGCAGACCCGCCUUGCUCGAGCUUUAUAUACCAUCAAUUUCCUAAAUUGCUCGUUUGAUAAUUUAAACCCACCUGUCGUGCGUCAUUUUGGCGAAAACAAAAGUCUAAAACCGGAGACAAAGCCACCAGUCUUGAUAAAGGACCCGGAAACAUGGAAAACGGAGGGGCCGUUUGACCUGGUGACCUGGGGGAGGGGAUAUGCUUGCGUAUCCACCCCCUCAGGUCCCAAAUGGGUUCCUUCAAAGUGGGUCAGGCCCUUCCUGCCCAAAAAGCAGGUGUCUGUAGGUACGGUUCCCCAAGUUCAAGAGUCCUGCUGGAGGCGUAGGCGGAAACCCUUUGAGGGAGACUUAGAUGUCCUGGGGUCAGAAUUUUGAUUUCUUUCAUUUAUAUAUUUUAUUUAUCUACUGUUUUAGGGCCCAUGCUAUGGCAGCCCCACUGGAGACUGCACGACUCACGGCCUUCGUCAUCAUUCUCUCACUCCUUGCGCUACCAUCUACGCCGUGGGUCGUUCCCCAGCCAAGAAAAAACGUUUGGAAAACUCUCGCCGACGCCCUCGGUCAAGACAGUCUCUGCCUCACCACCGCAUCAGCAGCAGACCCCUUGUCCACCUGCCUUGUGGGGAUCCCGUCUCUUCCAGAUGAGUUGCCCUUGUCCCUCCGUGAUUCUCUAGAACCUUUUUUCAAUAAUAAAAUCAACCGCCCCUCUGACCCUAACCCCAAUAUUGUCUGGAGGAGAUUUGCCAGCAAAUUAAAUCAGUCCAAGACCGAACCCCUAGAAUUUAAAGUGCUCGGGUCCUCCACAUUUUAUUUUUGUAUUCAAUUCUUCCCUUACUCCGACCUAGACACUUCCCUACAAAUUGCAAAUAUCACCGCAAAUGUCUCACUUUGCCCUUCCCUGUCACAGAUUACAACCUCGAUUACCCGGGACUUUAAACCUCGCUCUCUACCCAAUGGUUAUUUUUUCAUUUGUGGGGACCGAGCUUGGCAAGGCAUCCCCUCUCGCCUUCUCGGAGGCCCAUGUACUAUCGGCCGGCUGUCGCUGUUCACACCCAGCACAAGUCAAAUUGUUAAUUGGCAGAAGAUAGAAGUCGCACCAAAUUCGAAUCGGACGAGACGAGAUUUAACUAAUUUGGACAGUUCGUGCGACGAAGAAAUUUUCCAUUGGAGUAAGCCAGAGGAGGUGGCAUGGAUCACCUUCCUCCCCUGGGUGGCAGUCGCUCAAUCAUUAGGCGAAUUAGGCCACCUCGAGUGCUGGGUGGCGAAACAAGCAAAUCUUACAUCAGCCGCGCUAAGUGACCUUCUACAAGACGAGGAAAUCACAAGGCAGGCCACUUUGCAGAACAGGGCAGCAAUAGAUUUUCUAUUGCUGCUCCAUGACCAUCGCUGCCAGGACUUUGAGGGGCUCUGCUGCUUGAAUUUGACUUCUAAGGCCGAGGACGUCCGUCUCGCCAUUGACCAGAUGCGAGAGAUGAUCAGUAAAAUCAAGGAAGACUCCGCGGACUGGCUGGGGAACUUGUUCUCAGGAUGGGGACUGUCAGGGUGGCUUGGGUCGGUGUUAAAAACUAUUAUUUCAGUUGUGUUUGUUGUUUUACUGGUUCUUAUCGUUAUUUCAAUUUUAUGGACAAUUCUUAAGAGACUCAUGAUUAAGUUGACUGCCCCAGCGGUCGUAAACCAUGUGAUGGAGCUUCAGCCAUCAGAAGGAGAAGAAGAUCUACGGUACGAAGACUUUGGUUACGACUGCUGGGAAGAAGAUGUUUAGUUCCGUUUAUUUUUCUUUAUUUUUAAACAAAAAAGGGGGAGAUGUGGGAUCGCGCUGGCCCGCUCCCCCCUGUCUUUAUGUUUGGUCCGGUCCCAGGACAUCAGUUACCUGUCAAUCUCCCUCACUCCUCCUUCGCUCCUCCCCAGUUUGGUUAGGUUCCUCCCCGAGUCCCUGUCCGUCAUCCAGCACACUCUUCCCACCUUCUAGAAGUUUCUCUGAGUUCUGCGGGGUGAUUGGACGAGGGGCCGGGGACACUCCCCUGAGUUAUUCUGGUUGGUUGUUAGGUUUGUCUGUUAAUAUCUUGUUACACCCCCCCUACCCCCUGAUUGGUUGCUUUGUAUCCCUUAUAACCUGCUGUCGGGCACAUUUCUUUGUCUUUCGGCGGUCCUCCCUUGGGAAUUAAACCGAACUUUGGCACCCCGAA